ACCCCUUCAUCGUUCCCAUCGUUCAAUUAAUCCAUCAAGAAUAACCGUCCUUCAAUUAAUCCAUCAAGAAUAACGCUUUCUUAAACUAUUAAGAUUGGGAUGGAAUUAGUGCAAGCUCACAGGCAGUCGAAUCACGAUCUUUGGAGCACUGAGCUUAGAUUGUGAGGAGGAAUUUAGUAUUGCGGACGAAUAGCAAUAGGCAGAGCUUAAGCAACCGAGGCAUUCAAAUAAUUGAUCUGAAAUUAAUCGCCGAUUCACAUCGACCAUCGAGAUGACGAGGACAAGAUGCCAAAAUCGAGCUCCCAUUAUCAUUUCUUCUUCGUCGUCUUCCGGAUCAGAAGAGGCAGAAUACUCUGAAACCUCAGAGUCGGAUUACGAAUUUGACGGCCACUCUGUAGACACCUUGUCUUCUACUUCAUGCGAAAUUCACCCUGAAAGUGAAGAAAGUGAAGAAAGUGAAUGGAAUGAGUCAGAUGAUGAAAGAGACGAGUCUACCGAGUGCGAAGAAGUUAAAGAGGAGGAUAGUGAUCAGCAUUUGAGCAAAGCUAUCCAUUUCCUUCGAGGGAAGGGUGAACUGGAGGAUUUAAAGUUGGUGGAGUGUAAAGCAUAUUUAAGAAAGCAUGGGUUAAGAUUAUCUGGGACUAAGGAACAAUGCGUGGAGAGGAUCAUGGAGCACUGGAGGAUAAAAGAUGGAAAGGGUGAAACAUUCUACCCUAGAUCAUCAUUCAACAUUGAUUGCACUGGUGAUGUCUGCAAAGGAGACGUUGUAUUAUUCACACAAAAAGUGUACAAGAAAUUUGAUAAGAUCACAAGAAGUGGCAAAGUUUCCGGAAAGAGAACUAUUGCUGGGAGAAUUGUUAAGGAAAGUUAUGGUGCUGCAAAGCAACAGCAUACUUUUACUGUUGAAGUCUUGUGGAGCCAAGGUUUUAAGAAAUUGCCUCCACUUUUUCCUUUGCUUGUGAAGGGUCGAAAUCUCUACAAACUGAAGACUUUCAGACAGCGGUGGAAAAAUGAGAAGGAAAGAUUAGGAGUACUUUCAGAGAAGCAUAGGCGAGGAGCAGCUGCAAGAUUGGUCAGAGAAACUAGAAAGAUGAGAUCAAUGAAGAGAAAGCAAUCCCUUACAAGUAAAAAAGGUGCCAAAAAGCGGAAGCGUGAAGAAGAUCACAUCCAGAAACGUGGCAACAACAAAAAAACGAAAUCUCACCAUGGUAGAAAACCUAAAGAAAUAACCUCAUCUCGACCUCAAAUACCUCCAAACCGUCCAAAUGUUAGUUAUCAUGCUAGGGGUAAAGCAUCUCAACCGUUCAAUUCUCGGCCUGAUAUGUAUCACAACCAGGGCACACUUUUUCCUCCUCAAAAUUAUGGUCAAUUUGGUUCUGAGGAUUACAACCAGAGAAUCACAUACCCAGUUUCAUAUGAAAGGGCAUUCGUAUGUACAACGGAUUUACCUCACGAAAACACUUCAUCUUCUGUAAUGGCUAAUAGAAACCGCAGAGAAUAUGGCCGCAGACAUCAUCCACACCCUUAGUAUGUACAUAACACCUUUACCAUGUGCACAGAGGUAAAAUAUGAUAUUUGCAUGAACACUUUGGUAUCAACCAGGAUCUUUACAAUACUCCCCGUGAUUUCUAUUCGUUCUCUAGAUUCUCUUUUUAGAAGUUUUUCAAUAUUUGCUCCAGCUUCCCGUUUUGGCAAAUAUAUCAUAUCAAAAGGUAUACACACUCU